CACUUUCACCGGAAAGAAGGAGGAACUGCUUUUAUUAUCGCCUGAGAGCUGCUGUAAUGGCGGUGUCUCGACGUUCAUCGCAGCAGCAACAACAGCAAAAUACUUUACAGUCUCCGCCGAGAAACGGCUCUCUUUCUGGCGCUCCUCCGGGCUCUCCGCCGAUGGCUUUGCUGACCUCGGCCGUCGGACCUUCGGAGAAUGAGAGGGAGUGCAGCGGAGGGAUUGAAAUGGCUUUGGCCUCCCCAGACCUACCAGCCCCGGCCUUAGCGAGCAGUGCGAGCUCCACCACGACAACCUCUGGCGGAGGUAGCAGCAGCGUUUCGAGCCCUGGCUCUGGAGCUGCCAGUCCCACCGACGGCAGCAGCGGCAUCGGUGGGGCGUUCAGGGAGUUGUUCGAGGCCUGUCGUAAUGGAGACGUAUCCAGAGUAAAGAGACUUGUGGAUUCGGUGAAUGUAAACGCGAAGGACAUGGCUGGUCGAAAAUCAACCCCCCUUCAUUUCGCUGCGGGCUUUGGUAGAAAAGAUGUUGUGGAGCACCUUCUGCAGACUGGGGCCAAUGUUCACGCUAGGGAUGAUGGAGGUCUCAUCCCCCUGCAUAAUGCCUGCUCUUUUGGACACGCAGAAGUCGUCAGCCUCCUCUUGUGUCAAGGCGCAGAUCCAAAUGCCAGAGACAACUGGAACUACACUCCGUUACAUGAGGCUGCCAUCAAGGGAAAGAUAGAUGUGUGCAUUGUGUUACUGCAACACGGAGCUGAUCCUAACAUCCGCAACACCGAUGGCAAGUCUGCUCUGGAUCUGGCUGACCCUUCAGCUAAGGCGGUUCUCACUGGUGAAUACAAGAAGGAUGAACUUUUGGAAGCAGCAAGGAGUGGAAAUGAAGAAAAACUGAUGGCACUGCUGACUCCAUUAAAUGUCAACUGUCACGCCAGCGAUGGUCGCAAGUCAACAUCACAAAAAAUGCUGUCUACACCGCUGCACCUGGCUGCUGGGUACAACCGGGUCCGCAUCGUUCAGCUCCUCCUUCAGCAUGGGGCUGAUGUUCACGCCAAGGACAAAGGUGGUCUGGUUCCUCUUCACAACGCCUGCUCCUACGGUCACUACGAGGUCACCGAGCUUCUGCUUAAACAUGGAGCCUGUGUGAAUGCCAUGGACCUGUGGCAGUUCACUCCCCUCCACGAGGCAGCAUCCAAGAACCGAGUGGAGGUUUGUUCCUUGCUGCUAAGCCACGGGGCUGACCCCACCCUCCUAAACUGCCACAGCAAGAGUGCUGUGGACAUGGCUCCGACUCCAGAGCUGAAAGAAAGGCUUACCUAUGAGUUCAAAGGUCACUCAUUGCUGCAGGCAGCCAGGGAGGCGGACGUGGCCAAAGUGAAGAAGACGCUGGCUCUGGAAAUUAUCAGCUUCAAACAUCCUCAGACCAACGAAACAGCUCUGCACUGUGCUGUGGCUUCACCCCACCCUAAGAGAAAGCAGGUGACCGAGUUGUUGCUGCGUAAAGGUGCCAACAUCAAUGAGAAGAACAAAGACUUCAUGACCCCGUUGCACGUCGCUGCCGAGAGAGCUCACAAUGAUAUCCUUGAGGUGCUGCAGAAACAUGGAGCAAAGGUCAAUGCUGUGGACACUCUGGGUCAGACAGCUCUUCAUAGAGCGGCGCUGGCUGGUCACAUCCAGACCUGCAAGCUGCUGCUGAGUUACGGGGCCGACCCCUCCAUUGUGUCUCUGCAGGGCUUCACCGCUGCUCAGAUGGGCAACGAAGCUGUGCAACAGAUCCUCAACGAAAAUGUUCCCACACGUAACUCUGACGUGGACUACAGGUUUCUGGAGGCGGCCAAAGCAGGAGAUCUGGAUACAGUGCAACAACUUUGCACCCCCCAGAACGUAAACUGUCGGGACUUGGAGGGGCGCCACUCCACUCCUCUGCACUUUGCGGCCGGUUACAAUCGAGUGGCUGUUGUUGAAUACCUGCUACACCAUGGAGCUGACGUUCACGCCAAAGACAAGGGUGGUCUUGUUCCCCUCCACAAUGCGUGCUCCUAUGGUCACUAUGAAGUGGCCGAGUUGCUGGUCAGACAUGGAGCUUCAGUGAACGUGGCCGACCUUUGGAAGUUCACCCCUCUUCACGAGGCUGCGGCCAAAGGAAAAUAUGAAAUCUGCAAACUGCUACUCAAACAUGGAGCCGACCCAAGCAAGAAGAACCGUGAUGGCAACAUGCCGCUGGACAUGGUGAAAGAUGGGGACACGGACAUCCAGGACCUGCUGAGGGGCGAUGCCGCCCUGCUGGAUGCUGCCAAGAAGGGCUGCCUGGCCCGGGUCCAGAAGCUCUGCUCCCCGGAGAAUAUCAACUGCAGAGACACACAGGGGCGCAACUCCACACCGCUUCACCUCGCAGCUGGCUACAACAACCUUGAAGUGGCGGAGUAUCUAUUAGAACACGGGGCCGACGUCAACGCACAGGACAAAGGAGGCCUUAUCCCUCUUCAUAAUGCUGCCUCUUACGGGCAUGUGGAUAUUGCAGCCCUUCUGAUCAAAUACAACACGUGUGUGAAUGCCACAGACAAAUGGGCGUUCACACCCCUCCAUGAAGCAGCUCAGAAGGGUCGCACACAGCUCUGUGCGUUGCUGCUGGCUCAUGGAGCCGACCCCACCAUGAAGAACCAGGAGGGGCAGACUGCUCUGGAUCUGGCUACGGCUGAUGACAUCCGAGCCCUGCUGAUGGAUGCCAUGCCACCGGAUGCCCUGCCCAGCUGCUUUAAGCCUCAGGCCACAGUGGUCAGCGCCUCUGUCAUCUCCCCUGCCUCCACGCCUUCUUGUCUCUCAGCUGCCAGCAGCAUAGACAACCUUGCCGGGCCCCUCACUGAGCUGGCUGCUGCCGCUGCUACAGGGUCCUCCGGGGUGGCAGAUGGAGCCACUGGCACUGACCGCAAGGAAGGGGAAAUGGCAAUGCUGGACAUGAACAUAAGUCAAUUCCUGAAGAGUCUGGGCCUGGAGCACCUCAGGGACAUCUUUGAGAGAGAGCAGAUCACACUGGAUGUGCUGGCUGACAUGGGCCAUGAGGAGCUGAAGGAGAUCGGGAUUAAUGCAUAUGGCCACCGACACAAGCUCAUCAAGGGAGUUGAGAGGCUGCUGGGUGGCCAACAAGGUGGCAACCCAUACCUGACAUUCCACUGUGCCAGCCAGGGAACCAUUCUUAUAGACCUCGCCCCAGAAGACAAGGAGUACCAGUCAGUGGAGGAGGAGAUGCAGAGCACCAUCAGAGAGCACAGAGAUGGAGGCAAUGCUGGUGGUGUCUUCAGCAGAUACAACAUCAUUAAGAUUCAAAAGGUGGUAAACAAGAAGCUGAGGGAACGUUACACCCACAGGCAGAAGGAGAUCGCAGAUGAGAACCACAACCAUCACAAUGAGCGGAUGUUGUUUCACGGCUCCCCGUUUAUCAAUGCCAUCAUUCACAAAGGCUUUGAUGAGCGUCACGCCUACAUAGGAGGGAUGUUUGGAGCAGGUAUCUAUUUUGCAGAGAACUCCUCAAAAAGCAAUCAAUACGUCUACGGCAUCGGUGGAGGCACUGGCUGCCCAACACACAAAGACCGAUCCUGCUACCUGUGCCACAGGCAAAUGCUUUUCUGCCGAGUGACUUUGGGGAAGUCGUUCCUACAGUUCAGUGCCAUGAAGAUGGCUCACGCUCCCCCAGGACAUCAUUCAGUAAUCGGGCGGCCCAGCGUUAACGGCCUAGCUUACGCCGAGUACGUCAUCUACAGAGGAGAGCAGGCCUACCCAGAGUACCUCAUCACCUACCAGAUCCUUAAGCCUGAGAGCGCAGGGCAGUCUGCAGCAGGAGCCGAGCAGAAGUCGUAGUUACUUCAUGUUACACAAACUCACACAAAGACUCGAUGCUUGCUUCUUUUUUCCCCCAUUUGUAUUGCAAAUGCCUAAACACCGUUUUUAUUUACCAAACACAUUUCCAGUUUUCUGUCCAGUAGAGCCCAUGGUGACCAGUGCUUCAUGAGCAGAUAUGCUGUAAUACUCCUCAUGGUGAUUUUCUUUUAGUUUUUUUCCUUUUUUCUGUUUUGGACUCGGCUGCAUGAUUUUACAGAAGCAUGUAAAGCCCAAUAGCGUGUGUGGGUUAGUUUUUUGUUUUCAAUAUGUCUCCCCUCCUCACCAGUGAGAAGGAUGCCUGUAGAGACUUUGAAGUUUCAGCAUUAACAGUUUGCCACUCUCUGUCGCCUCAUACCUUGUGACUGUGGAGAAUCAGCAGCAGCCGCCUUCGCCUCACCUCUACUCACACUUGCUGUCGAAACCUGAAACCUGUGGACUACUACAACCCUGUCGUGUUUGGGGUUCAAGACUGUAUAGAAUGGUCUGUGGUUAACUGUGACUUUAAUGCUAACCUAUAACACUACCAUACAUGUAACAGGUUGUCAUUGCUAUACUGUAAUGCUGACGUUCCAAACUUUGAACCCGAGAACACUACAAAGACUGAACUGCAAUGUUUAACGGUGGCUUUAUUUAGGGUUGGGCACGAUUGGUUGAGAAAGGGCGUCACAGAGUUUGGGACUGUUUGGGAUAUUACAGUACUGAUUUGCUGGUCAGUGCAAGGCAUCAUAACUACGCAGCUAAAUGUGUUUGUGUUGCCUUACAAGUGGACAUCCUACAGCCAGUGAGCUCAAAGCACCCUUUCUGUCGCCAUGGUUUUACUCACAGACAUCACAUCCAUAUGGAUUUGCACUUUUACGUAGAAAACUAUUUAAGUUAUUUUGAAAUUUAACUUGCAAGUUUGCGGAGGAAAAAUAUUUGUACAGGUUGUGUAAAUGUUUGUGUAUAACUGUUGCUGUUUAACAAUUUUUUUUGAGUUAAACUGUAAAUGACAUCUGUAUUUUUCCUUUAAUGCCUUCUGAUUCUCCUAUACCUUUUUUGUUUUUUGUUUUUUUAAUAAAUGUCCCAUUAACAGCU